AUGGAUUCAAUAAGUACUAGGAAAAAGAAGAACCAAAUUAUGGCUUCACAACAGAGUACAUCGACUCGACUUCCUUUGAAAGAGACGAACAAUAAUGUACCGUCGCCAGUUUUGAAAAAACAAAAACUCACAAAACAUUCUAAUCUGGCUGUUAGCUUGCAGAUCCAUGGUAAGCCUUCCUUAGAAGCCACAAAAAACGCAAACCAGCAGUCUUCGAAAUCAUCUAGACUAGCUGGUUUGGAGUUGUACAACUGGCAACAGUCGUGGAGAAAAAUAAUGAAGGAGUCUGUUGUGUAUUUUGAAGGAGUAGAGGAGCACGAUCCAUCUCAGCAUAGUGAAUAUAAAAAGGCGGCAAAGGCCUUGAAACAGGUCGGUUGCACGAUUUCUUCAUUUUAUGACUCAAAUGUAACUAUUAUCAUUAGCCGCAGACCAUUUAAAGCAAGUAAGCAAUAUUCUUCGAACGAUAUCUUUUCUAAUGCUAUUAGUUUAAAGACAAAAGUAUGGGAUUAUGAUAAGGUAUUCAGAUUCUUGAAGAAUUUAGGGGUUCUGGAUCAAAAUGUUGCAACGAGCAAAGGAAAUGGUUCGACUUCCAAUGAUGCUAAUUUGUACAAUUUAUUGAAAGAAGAAAAGAUAUUUGGUACAACCGACCGUGAUCCAACGGCGAAGAGAGAUGACUUCCAUUAUUUUACUAAAAACUAUCUAUACUCGUAUGACCUUUCACAAAAAGUGAGGCCCAUUGCAAUAAGAGAAUGGAGCGAGGAUUCCGUUCCAGUAUUGAGUUUAACAUUGGACGGCAAAUGUCCUUUUAUUCCCGAUACAUCUGAAAACAGUGAACGAAAAAAAGCUCGCCGAGCACAGAAGUUUCAAGCAACAAAAGAGUAUAGACAACUUCUAAAAAAGGCUACUAAUGAGAUCAUAAAUGAUAUUAAAGAAGGAACCCCAUUCAGUGGGACUGGCAUAAAUGGUACGAGUACAAGUACCGAUAGAGAUAACGACGAUGAGAGCACAGUGAUACAACAAUCUGAUGCGAAUUGUCAGAAUAGUAAUUUUAAUACAAAAGAUAAUAAUGGUGAUGAUGGGAUUACCAAGACCUCAGACCAAAAUGAUCCUAUCAUUAAACAGAAAAUUGGCGCUUCUAACAAUCCUACUAAUAUAACGUUAAGAGAUCAGGUUCCAUUGCUAAGAAAUUCAUCUUGUGUGCAACCUCUAAAUUCAAAAUACUUUGACCUCGCCGCUUCAGGAUAUAAUGGAGCAUCAAAUGCUAAUAAUUUCUCAGUUGACUCGAAUCUCAAUAGCAAUGCCAUUCAGGGCAAUGGUCUCGGGCCAACAAUUUCUCAAGUUCCCUCUAAAAACCUUAAUAACCUAAAAAGAAGAAUUAUAAUGAAAAAACAGCAACAGAAGAGCAUUGAUUCUGAAAAGGAAAGAGAUCUCAGACCAGGAUAUUGCGAGAAUUGUCGGGUCAAGUAUGAUAACUUUGAAGAUCAUAUAAGCUCGAAUCGCCAUCGUAAUUUUGCUUGUGAUGAUCGAAACUUCAAAGAUAUCGAUAUAUUAAUUGAAACUUUGAGUGAAACUAAGUCUAUGGGUUUCGUUUCAUCGAACGGCGACUAUAAAUACGCCUGA